UAACUUUAAUUUUUUAAAAUCACCAGUAAAAAACAAUCGUCCCUUCCCAUGCUCGGCAUCUCCGUCUCACGCAGAGGCGGCUCUUUCAAAGGCUGAAAAUCUCCAUCUGUCUGACUCAACUCCUCACGCAGAUUCAAUCGACCGCAUCUCGUACCUGCAGUAAUGAGUACCUGAUCAAUGUAAAAGGGUGCCUGAUCAAUGCUUUUCUACUCCUCACGCAGACUCUAUUGCCUCUCUCUGCCUCUGUCCUUUCUGACCACACCUUACACUGCCCAGCUCAAUUAACCUCUCCAAAUUUCAUUUAAAGAGGAAAUACAAAAGAAAGAUGGGAAUAAGAUUUGUGCUUAUGGUGAACAAGCAAGGUCAGACCCGUCUUGCACAAUAUUAUGAAUACCUAAAUCUCGAAGAACGGCGAGCUUUGGAAGGUGAAAUCGUACGCAAAUGCCUAGCCCGAAACGAGCAGCAGUGUUCAUUUGUUGAGCAUCGGAAUUACAAAGUCAUCUAUAGGCGAUAUGCAUCACUAUUUUUCUUGGUUGGAGUGGACAAUGAAGAAAAUGAGCUUGCAAUUUUAGAAUUUAUUCACCUACUGGUUGAGACUAUGGAUCGCCAUUUCGGAAAUGUGUGUGAGCUGGACAUUAUGUUUCAUCUAGAGAAAGCACAUUUUAUGCUGGAGGAAAUGGUAAUGAAUGGUUGUAUUGUAGAGACCAGCAAGUCUAACAUACUCUCUCCAAUCCAGCUAAUGGACAAAGCAUCAUAGGAUAAGUUUAAGUAAAACUUAAAAAGCACUUGUAUCCUGUAUUUCUGUUCCAGUUAUUCCAUGUUCACCAAAAUCAAAUGCUUGUUUUCUUUAAACGAUGCAUGAAUUUCUUGGAACGUUCUAAGUGUUAUGUAGAUGUGUUUUGGAACGUUCUAUUGCCGUUGCAAUUUAGACUUGAGCAAUUUCUGAAAAAGAUACACAACCAGAAUCAAUGAUUUAUCA